AUCAUGCACGACUCGACCGAAAGACCCAACACGCAUCGUGGUAAAAAAUGGAAUCGCAGCAAAUUUGUGCAGAAAAUGAAACGACACGGCCAACGUGGAUCCCAACUGCAGCUGGAUGAGUUCAAAUACUUGUCCGCAAUACUGGACAACAUUACCGGCGACAAGGAAACCGAGGACCGGCAGCUAAUGGCAAGCAAUGUGAUGGGUCAACUCAAAGGGAAGGAAAUCCGAACCGCAAUGAAUCUGGUCGGUAGCCGGGUGUUGGAAAAUCUGAUCGUGUACACCGACGAGGAAACGUUUGCCCCGCUGAUGGAUCUGUUUGCGGAAAACUUUCGUGUGUUUUGCGGCGAUAAGUUUGCGUCCCACGUGCUGCAGCGUGUGCUGAGCACGGCGUUACUGCGAGCUGUGGCACCGUUACAAAAGAAGCAUCCGGCGAACGAGCAAGAGGAAAUUUCGAAAAAAAAACAGAAGUUUGGUGGUGAAGGUUGGAACGAAAAGUGCAUCUGGCCGGGCGUGGAGUACUGUUUGCAGGAAGAGUACAGUGAGGAGCAUCGGGAGAGAUGUUGCAAGUUUGUCGAGCGAAUGGCGAGAUUUCUGAUGAACAAUCUGGAGGAGUUUGUUGCGAACGGUAGCGCGUGCCACGCGAUCAGACAGAUCAUCCUGCAUUUGGCCGGUAUUACGGAGAAGAAACCGAUCGAAGGAAACGAAACAAAACAUCUGACCGUACCGGAAGCGUGGCAAAAGUUGUUGCACGAGUUCAGCGAGCGAUUACUGUCUUGGCCUCAGUUUUCCGACUUCGCAAGUACGGAAGCGUCGUCGGUGUUGCUGCAGGACUUGCUGCGAGCCGUCGCAGUAACGAACGAUGCAGUUCAACUCAAGCAACUCCUUACCAAAAUCUACAAGGAAGUGUUUCUUGCUAGUGCAAAGGAAAAGAAAUUUGAUCCGGAAUCGGAAACGCAACCAAAUUUGCCGUCGGUUUUCACAAAUCCCACCAUCGUACGCUUGCUGGAGAUGUGCAUCGCUGUAGCUCCGGUUGAGUUUUUGAAGAAUAAACUCUAUGUCAAGCUGUUCCGGGGUCACGUGCAACAGCUGGCCUUAUCCAAGGCAGGACUCUUUGCGGUACAGAAACUGAUCGACCAUACCACUGACAAGGACCUAAUGGAUUUGAUCUUUUCGGAGCUUGAGGACAGCCUGGAACAAUUGCUGUCCGUGGGACACACGGGGGUACUGCUCGUAUUGGCCCGAGCAUGUGGACGACUCAACUGCCAACAAGGCAAGUUUGUAAAACUCCUACUCGAUGCACUGCACUGCGGUGAAUCUGCAACGGAGAAAUUAAUUAUGGCCGUCCUUGGUCUACAUCCGGCCGAUGGUCCGGUACGCGAUCCACCCAACAUCCUGAUGCACGGUUCACUCAUCCUGCAGGCCAUCCUUUUCUACACCAAACCGAUUAAAUUCGUUACCGCACUGCUCGGCAUGCCGAACGAUCGGUUGGCAGAGAUAUUCAUGGAUCAGCGCGGUUCGUUCAUCGCAAACGCAUUUGUCGAGUCAAAGUUUGUGGGGGAAAAAUCGCGCGAAAAGAUGGUCCGUCAUCUGGAGGGUCAAUACUCACGGCUGGCACUACACAUUAAUGGGUCGCGCGUGGUCGAGAUCAUGUUCGAAGCUGGCAAUCCGGCCCAGCGGGAAAGCAUUGUGCGUGAGCUGGCGGAGGAAUGUUUGCCACAGCUAAACAACAGGGUUUGGGGGGCGAAGAUUAACAAGCGAUUGUUGGUGGAAACGUACAAGCAAAAUCCGGCUCAGUGGAGAGUGUUGAUCAAGCGGGAUGUGAAGGUUACGCAGCUGUUCACCAAACUGGUGGGUGGGAAGAAAAGAAAGUUAGAAAGUUCAAAUUAA